AAAACCAGACGGCCAAGGCAGCCCCCAACCCCGGCCCCAGCCGGCAGACCAUCUCGAUACGCGGCCGCCGCAGACGAGAUGGCCGCCGGGGACGCAGGCCGCGCGCCGACGGCAGCGGCCGCGCAAUCGCUGGUGGAGUCCUUCUGCGGCGUGACCUCCGCGACCCCCCAGGAGGCGGCCUUCUAUCUCGAGAGCCACAACUGGGCCCUCGAAUCCGCCGUUCGCUCCUACUACGACUCCGUGGACGGUGAAGCCGACGCCGUCGCGGCCGAUCCAGUGCCCCCACCACCAGCUGCACCAGCCGGAGGCGGGGAGGAUACCGAGGAUGAGGAUUGCGUGGUCGGCGGUGGCGGUGGCGGCGACGACGACGAGGAUGAUGAGGACUACGUCGAUGGCGACGGCAGCGAUGAUGAGGACGCUGCGCUCGCGGCUGAGGCCGCGGAGGAAGAGGAGAGGAGGAGGCCUUUCAAGAGGCUGAAGAGAACCCACGACGCGCGGGGUGGGAGCGGUAGCAGUGCCAAGGCGCGGGGGAAUGUGAGGACGCUCGCCGAUCUCGAUAGUGGCAAGGGAACCGCGGGUUCCGACGAGAACUCCGAAGACGAUGAUGAAUGGACACCACCGCCCGAGUACGAGACGAGAGAUCGAUCAAGACGUAAAAACAACACAGAUGAGAUCUUCAAGCAAGCUAAAAAGAAGGGGGCUAAGCAAGGUCCGUUUGAGGCUCGUCCGCGAUCUAGUUCGAGGAACUUUACUGGGACUGGUAGACUUCUGACAGGUGAAACUGUAGAGCGUAAUGCAUCACAGCCACCAGAAGAAAUUACCCAUAACAUCCACUUCUGGAGGAAUGGCUUCACAGUAAACGAUGGUCCACUUAGAAGUUUUGAUGAUCCAGCAAAUGCACCCUUUUUAAAGAGCAUCAAGGAUUCUGACUGCCCAACUGAGCUUGUGCCGGCUGAUGAGAAAUCUAUAGUGAAUGUGAAUCUUGUCCGGACGGAAGAAGAAUUUACUGAGCCAGUCAAGCGUGCUGCUCCUUUUGAAGGGGAACGAAGAAACCUCAUGGAACCUUCUGAUAAUAAUACUUCCAAUGCUGCUGCUGCUGCUGCUGCUUCCAGUAGUGCAACUGCUUCUCGGACAAUCACAGUGGACGAUUCUUUGCCAUCAACCUCCCUCCAAAUCAGGUUCGCAGACGGCAGUCGCUUGGUUGCCCGUUUCAACACAAGCCACAGGAUUAGUGACGUGCGGGCAUUUAUCGACGCGACAAGGCCAGGAGCCAGUGAUUACACGCUGCAGGCCGGGUUCCCCCCAAAGCCGCUUGAAGACACGGCCAAGACCAUCGAGGAAGCCGGCGUGGCCAACUCGGUAAUCAUUCAGUCAGUCUAGCUUGGCAGAACAGGUGCCGCAACCCUAUUCCAUCGAACACGCUAGGCAUCUGAAGCUACCACCUUCCUUGAUCUUCCUUCAUUUUGUUUCUCAAACCUGGCUUUUAACCUUUUAUCUUCAUCCAGUAGCUACUUCUGGUAUUGCGAGUGUAAAACAGUGAGGUCUGGGUGUCCUACAUCUUAUUCAUCUAUAGCAUAUAUAGUACUACUUGUUGCAUACAGUACUACUUUUGCUUGUCUC